CCUACCCAACGGUUUAAAAGGAGAUUAAGCCACUGCCAAAUAUGACAACCAACAUCCUGAAGGAUAUUCUAAAAAUACCAGAGAGGCUCUACAUGGUUCAGCAGUUUAACCAAUGCAUCGUCUCUGCAUCGCAGAGAGUGAAAGACUACGUUGGCUUUCAGGACCCUGAGGGCAAACUGAAGCUCAGUAACUCCGUGCUGAUUGAUAUCUUCCUGAUGACUUACAUUAACCGGAGCAUGCAGUGUAAGCUCACCGAAUCAAUCAGGUGUACCAGACUGACCGAUGAGCAAGCCAUUCUGCUGGGCGCUGACUGGGUUUGGUCUGUGCAUGAUCUGCCCUCCAAAAACCCCAAGCUGCAGAUUGCCGUGCAGGUGAUUCACAUGGAGAGGAAGGAAGAGGAGGAGGAAGAGAAGAGGUUUAAGAUCACUGAAUCUAUGGAAGUUGCCAGGGCAGUGGUGAUCAAUAAGACCAACCACGAGAAGAUUGCCAGCUUCUGCAACUCCAUCGGCAAGGACUGCUACGGGCUCUUCCUCUUCUUCGGGCACAAGGGGAACCCAAAGACAAUCUGCGGAGUCCUCAGCAACAACUUCCACGCACGUUUAGAGAACGGGCACAGGCUGGACAAUGCCUUCCUGUUGGAAAGCAUCGAGAAGGCCAAGACUGUUAUCACGCCAGGAAGAAUGUUGGAGCUAAUCCUUCAGAAAGAAGAUCAGCCAGAGGACUUAAAGCCAAUCUGUGUCAAGUUUACUCAGUGA